CCCAUUUUUCCCACAAACGCCGAUUCCCAUCUCUCUCUCUCUCUCUCUCUCUCUACACUGCUAUUGUGUUUGGCUCUCUCAAAAACCCUAGACAAUCAUCACCUUCAUUCUCUCUUUCUUCGCUCUCUCAACAACAAAUUCAGAUAUAUCUCAGUUAUUGGAGUCCUCAGAUACGAACUCGAGAGGUCACUCAGGGAUUUUUUGGGUUUAUUUGGAUGGGAUAUGCGUUUUUUUUAUUGCAGUUGGUUCCUGUAGGAGUUGAUUUAUCGAAAAAAUUUCGGGUAAAUUGGACUACUUUAGAGGGUUUUGUUGUUUAAAAGUUGGAGGUCAAGCUCUCAUGAGAAUUGUUAGGGGAAUGCAGAGAUCGAUUCGCGAGGAGCAGAGGGCACUGGGCUGGAGCAAAUCGUUCAGCCGUGGGAUUGGCGUGACUUUGCCUAAGGUGAGGACGCGAGGCAAAUUGAAAAUUAGGGUUUUGUACCUCUAAUUUUGGGUUCUUUUGGGAAAUUGGUACGGGCUUGGGUUCAGGUUGACGAGAAGACAAGAUGACUCGGAUUUUGGUUCAGCGUGGUUCAACUGGUUCGUCAUCGAACACGAAUAAGCCAUCGUCAUUGCCCGGUUCUUCUUCUUCAGCUCCUCCCCAGCUUCAGAUUACUACUCCUCAAGUUGCUUCUGCUGUGAAAGAUGAUGAAAUUGGAGAAGAAGUGCAAGAACAGGUUGUUGUGGAUGAUUUUGUGGAGUGUUUCGAUAGUGGUGAUAAUAAGGCAGGUAAAAGUGAUGAUCUUUUGCCAGAGAGAUUCCAAUGUGAUCAGGAUGAUGAUGAUGAAGCUAUUGACAGUGAGAAAGUUGGGGAUGAUGAUGUGGGUUCUGGUGAUUUGACAAAAGGUGUAGGUGUGUUGAGGAUUAUGGACAAUGAAAAUGAUGGUUCCAGUGGCAAACCUUUGCAGACAGUUACCGGGUGCUCAUAUCCACCUCCCCCUCCAGUCCCACCUCCUAAACCUUCUUCAACAAACUCAUUUCCUAGGAGGUCUGUAUCGGGUAGUUCAAAUUCUCUGCGUAGUGGAUCGUCUAGAAGAGCCGCUGCAUGGCCUAUUGUUUCAACUAGGACUUUACCAACCGGGUCUAGGCCUUCUUCACCCAGGUCUCAUUGUGAAAGUGAGGGUUACAAUAGCUCCGAUGAGCAGAGCCCUUCAUUUGGAUCCUCCUACGGAGAUGCAGAGAGAGAACGCCAGUUUGAGAUUGAUAUAAGAAGAGCAGAAGGGUUAGAAGUCAAACGAAUGCUGGAGGAUGGGAACUGCCUCUUUCGUGCUGUUGCAGAUCAGGUGUAUGGGGACUCUGAUGCAUAUGAUUUGGUUAGACAAAUGUGCAUUGAUUAUAUGGAGCGGGAGAGAGACCACUUUUCUCAAUUUAUAACUGAAGGUUUCACAUCCUAUUGCAAGAGGAAGAGAAGGGAUAAGGUUUAUGGAAACAAUAUGGAGAUCCAAGCAUUGGCUGAGAUGUACAAUCGGCCUAUCCAUAUUUAUGCCUAUAGCACAGAACCUAUCAACAUAUUUCAUGGAAGCUAUGGUACUGACACACCUCCUGUACGACUAAGUUAUCAUCAUGGGAAUCAUUACAACUCACUUGUUGAUCCAGGGCGGUUGACAAUUGGUGCAGGGCUUGGAUUUAGCUGUCUGCAGGGGGUGAGUUCUAAGGCAAUAUUUUACAAAUUUGGAUUCAUUCGACUGGUUUUCCUGAACUACCCUAAGAGAAAUGUUGACAAGGAUCAAAUCAAGGCUGUGAUCAAAGCUCAACAAGACCAACAGAUAGAUAAUGCACUCCUAGCGGAGGGACGAUUUUACUCGGAUCUUGAGCUAACUGAGAAGGAAAUUGAACGCAUGGUGAUGGAAACUUCUCGGGCUGAGUUCAAUCAACAACUGGGUUGGCAAGAAUCUUCAACUGCUGGUGCUGAACCAUCAUCUUCUGGAGCUAGACCUUCAGGAAGUGAAACCCAGGUGGAUGGUGGGAGGGAGCGUGGUUUGUCGGAUACUGUCCUUAGCAGCAGCAUGCAGAUAGUGCUGUCGAUGGGAUUCAGCUAUCUGCAGGUGAUUGAGGCAUACAACAUAUUUGGGGAUGAUGUCGAUUCCGUGGUUUGUUACCUUUUGGAGACCGGAGGAAGUAGUAGCAGACGCAAAGGCAAAGCAGCUGAAUGAGCAAAAUCCCUAUAAUAGGCUCUGAUAAUGUGGAUUUGAUCAUAUUGCCUCUGCUGAUUGAGGUUUUUAGCCUUGUUGAAGAUAAUUAUGGCUGCUUUUGAGACUAAGAACGUAUUUGAAUAAAUUUAAUAAGAUGGACUUGCAAGUUUAUAUUUUCAAAUGCAUUGAUAUUGAGUUAAAUUAAACGAGCUAGGUGUUUUGUUUAGAGUGUUUGAUUAUCUAAAUUCAGUGACCCAGGUGCUCUGUUGGAACUUCUAUAUUUUCUGCCCAAAUAUUGGACCGUUGUAAGGAUAACAUUAUAGAGAGCUUAAGCUUAAAUGGAACUAAUGGAACUUGAAGUC